UCCUAGAGUUUGACUUAUCACUGCAUGUUAACUAUGGAUAAAAUAACAUUGUUAAUGGUAAUAUUAAAAGCUCUUGAGACAUCGCUUGGACAAACAUACACUGAAAUGGACUCUUUACUAGGACAUCUUUUCAAUGAGACAAGAUAUAACAAAUAUCUGAGACCUUUAGAAAACCAAAGUCACGUAAUUCAGGUAAACUUUACACAGUAUGUAAAAAGCAUUGAAAAUCUUGACAUCUCGUCAGGUGAGCUUCUAAUAACUGGAUAUUUCGAAAUAAAAUGGACUGAUGAAAUGUUGACUUGGGACCCUGCUCUUUUUGGAGGUAGAGAAAAAAUACAGUUGCCCAAAGAUAAGUAUUGGAAACCAGAGAUUUCCUUAACAGACGGACCGGCAAAUGAGGACACUUCAAUUUAUGGGAGCGGAUUCUAUCCCGCAUGGGCCACUUACCAAGGGAUAGUAAUGAUCAUUGCAGCAGGCAGUUACAAGACGAAAUGUAUUGUUGACACAACAUUUUAUCCUUAUGAUAUGCACUCGUGUUAUUUUCAGUUCAUCGUGUCAAAUCAUGACUCUACAGAACUUGUGAUAUCUUCUCCUUCACCCGAUAUUCAUUUUAGUGAUUUCAAAGAAAAUGGUGAAUGGGAAGUUAAGAGUACAGAUACAAAUGUAAUGCUGGUAAAAGAGAAAAACAUAGACAAUGUGGCUAUACCAAUGUAUCAGUCAUCGUUUUUGUUACAAAGAAGGUCUACAUUUGAAUUGAUAAAUUCACUUACACCUAUCAUAUUUAUGUUAUUUCUAAAUAUUGCAACUUGUUUUGUUCGCCCUGAAUCCGGUGAAAGGACAACGUUUGCAAUAACGCUAUAUUUAGCAUUAGUUUUUGCAGCAACAUCAUUAACAGAGACAAUACCUAGAAAUUCAUUAAAAAUGCCGAUGAUUUCGUAUCAACUGCUUACGGUUAAUAUCAUCAACACGGUUGGCGUUUUAUGGAGCAUAUUCAUUGUUAAUUGUGCGAGUAAAUCUGCGGCUGCUAGAUAUCUGCCAACUUUCUACUAAGAAUGAUUAUGAAACGGAGAAAGAAAAGUAAAAAUAAUUCUACAAUGAUUCCUGUAGAAGAAUCAGCUGUUUCGAUAUUGCCUGUUGAGGGUACGGAUAUUAGUGAUGGUGACACCACUCCUCAAAAGGAAGGAGUAUGUAAUGAACUACAAUCUGCUAACAUAACUGGGCAAGAUGUGGCUGAAGUUCUUGAUACAAUUUACCUUUGGAUGAUCAUUAUUUGUAUUAUUUUAGCAAAUGUCAUAUACAGUGCAUUUUUGUACAAAAGUUGGUUCAGUUAGAUGCAUCAGGGAGUAGUGUUCUUAUCGUAAGAAACACGCUCUCUUAGCCAAGUGAGUCGACUGGUCGUUUAUCUCUCAUCGCUUUUUCAUUGGAAGUCGGUAACUUGCGGAAAAUUGGUCAUUGGAUGCUGAUAAUCCAGGAGAGCCGGUUAGGGGUAUAUGUCAAAAAUUAUGUUGAAAUCGGCUUUAAUAAAACAUUGUAAAACAGAGUCAAAAACUGUUCAUGUCUAUAGUAAAACAUAUAUUACAUAAAUUAUAGAAAAACAAUCAAACACGCAACAACAAAAACAACACAAAUGUAUCUAUAUAAUAACAAAUAUCCUACUGAUAGAUUAUUCUAUUUUAAACAAUUUUAUAAAUUCAAUUUCAUAAAAUGCUAGCAUCAUUAAUAAUUUUACUCAAACCAUUGAUUAUUGUUUACUGAUUUUCCAGACAUAUAGUUAAUAAAACUUUGUUUUGCCAACACGAUUAAAUGAUAUCAUUUGAGAUGUUUCGUUUAAAUCGAAAAUAUUUGUGGCAAAUUUGACACAAAGCGUUUAUAUUUAACAGUCAAUUAUCACAGAAACGCUUGGAAUUUUAAAGGGAAUCCACAGAAGUCUUUCGAUAUCACGAAACAGGAUU